AGCGAGAAGAGUCAGUCACCUAUAGUGCUCUCCCUGCACGGCUGUGAAUACAUUAUGAACUUUCUUAUCGUGUCUCUGACGUGAGUUAUCUGCCUUGAUGUUCUAGACCUGAAUCCAAGUCUAAUGGUGUCACUUGGUUGUCAAUGAACACAUGCAGUGGAUUUCAAUAGUACAAGUCUAACUGUUCGAGACUUUUCUAGGCCUCACCUUUACAUUUUGUUUUGGACAGUAAAUGCUGUAUUGGUGUCUGUAUUGAAGAGACUAUUUGGUGCAUUCAUUCAUCAGAAGUGAAACAAAAAAAGCAUUGGAUGCUGUCCCUUUUUGUCUGCUGCAUCUUAGAAUGAGCGCACAAUGAGAUGGUGCAGAGAUCUACUAGAAACUGUAAGCCGACAGAAACCAUGGGAUGUACGGAGUCUUCAUCAAACAGAACUUUCUCGAAGCCUGAACGUUGUAGAAUUGAUUGGGAUAGGUAUCGGCAGUUGUGCUGGACUUGGUAUCUUCGUCACGUCUGCUCAUGCCGCCAGAUACGAGUCUGGUCCUGGAGUUGUGUUGUCCGUACUGGUGGCUAGUCUGGCAGCGCUCCUCUCAGGACUAUGUCACAUCGAGCUAGCCACAAGACUGCCAAGGUCAGGAACUGGCUACGUCUUCUGUUACGUGACGUUAGGAGAGCUCCUGGCUUUUGUCAUAGGCUGGAGUGUCAUCCUGGAGAAUGUUAUCAAUGGUGCAGUGGCAGCUAAAGCCUUGUGGCAGUAUGUCGAAUACAUGUAUAACUAUACGGAUGACAGCAAUGUAACAGAAUCAACAACAUCUGUAACACCCGGUCUGUUUGAAACCACUCCUGACUAUUUCCCAAGUAUUGUUGUUCUUGUGGUCAUAGUCUUGAGUUUUAUUACAGUUAAGAGGUACGCCAUCGUCAACUUUGUGCUGAUGUCUUUAAGUGGACUUGUUGUUCUGGCUUUUAUCUGUGUUGGAUUCUUCCAUGUGGAUGCAAACAACUGGAAUUCCACACCUGGGUUCUUCGCUCAUGGCCUUGGAGGGAUAAUGUCUGGUGCGGGUCUAAUGAUGUCUUCAUUUAUCAGCGUAGACAACCUGGCCAGCUGUGCCGAGGAAAGUCGGACGCCAUGUAAAUCUCUCCCUACAGCCUUUGGUUUCAGUUUGGCCAUUGUGUUCUCACUUUUCUUCCUAGUCACGUCUGCUCUCACUCUGGCCACGCCCUGGCAAAAUCUCGCCGACAGCGCGUCCCUCGCGAGAGCCUACGAGACCAAAGGAAUCUUCGCUGCCAAUUACGUGGUCGGGGCUGGCGCUGUUAUUGGUUUGCUGCCCGUAGUCUUCGGGUCAUUCGUCCACCCAGUGCGAGUCAUGUAUUCGAUGUCAGGUGAUAACCUUCUGCCCAAGUUUUUCUCCAAGCUCGGGUAUAACGGGAUCCCAGUGUGUCCACAUUUUAUCACCGGUCUAUUGAUCGCCUUCUGUACACUAGUAGUCAACGUGAAAACACUGCUAGAAAUGUCGUCCAUCGCAACCAUCCUUCAGUUUAUUUCUAGCGCCAUCAUUACUCUUUUCAUUCGUUAUCAACCGCUUCCAGUCGGGAUUUGUCGGGAAUACUCCGACCUUGAACUUGCAGGAAGUACCUGUGACGAUGGUCUUGAUGCCAAAGACGUGCUAGACUUCAACGAGUCACGGCCUAAACUUGUUUUACUAUCUAACGGAGAAUGUAAGCUGUCCAAAGAUGAGAACUUGUAUUCUUCGAUUCCUGAAAAACUUCCAAAAACAAUUUCCCAAACUUCCGCUUUCUCUAAAAACAAAGUCAAUGGCUAUCCUAAAUUCUCAGAAGUCAAAAGCCAAGAAUUAACUACAGCUGCAGCACCCAUAAGGUUUACAAACAGAUUUAAAAAACUGAACUCAAUAGCUACCCAAGAAAUGUACACUGAGAAAGACAGUCUACGUACUAACGUGACUGGAAAUUAUGGGAUAGUGGGAGGGCUGGAGAACGGAAUCAGAGGCGGCAACCCAGAGUUCUACACUGACUCACCCAAGACAGUCAAUACCGUGCUGACACUCAGUGGUACUAUCAGGUCAGUGAGCUCCAGCGUUAGCAGUAGUCUUGUGGCCUUGUCACCCGGCUGCCAGACACAUGCAGACGAACGUACCUGGAGACAUACGCGAUAUUUUCUGCUGAUCUACAUCCUGUCCAGUACAGGUCUGGCCACAUUGACGCAGGUGUGGCCAGCUGACAGUGGCUCCUCCUGGUGGGCUGUAACUCUGCUGUGUAUUAGUUUAGUGAUUCUGAUCGCUUGUGCUCUGAGCAUCGCCCGUCAGCCUCAGAACUCAACUCCUCUUUACUUUAAGACUCCUUACGUUCCAUUAGUGCCUCUGCUUGCCGUUUCCAUCAAUAUGCUACUGCUAGCUUCUCUCCCUUUGAUAAGCUGGACAAGGUUCUCAGUCUGGCUCCUUCCAGGUUUGUUACUGUACACAUGUUACAGUCAGCGGCACAGUUGUAACAAACAGCAAGAUGAACAAGAUGUUGUUCUGUUUGACAUCUCACAGCUUCAGUCUGCUGCUGAAUGACUCGCUGGACCAGGAUGCUAAACUAUUUCUUAAUAUGGCCACCAAAGUUGUAGCGAAAGAAGUUUGUGUGGUCGUCUUGCCAAAGCUGUUUUGUUGGACCAGAUGUUUUGUACAAUGUGACAAUGUAGUUUGGACAGACAUGUGUUACUAGAUCUAGAUUUCACCAGGACUCUGCUAUGCUGACUGAUGGAAUGUACUAAUUUGUUUAGAUACUUCACACACAAUGUCCCUGUAAAGCUACUAGCUUGUAUACUCACUAGCCAUGAAUUGUUUUGCUUUGUCUGGUAGCCUUGUUUAGAAGAAAAAGACCUAUUUGAAACUAAUAUUAGUUCUGCUCAUUGGAUUUAUAUUUCUUUAUAGUCCUCAGACCUUGAAUAUGCAGGAGGUCUUUCACCUUGCACAUGUUAGAUCCUUCACCUUGCAUAUCUUACACAUCAUGCCGCAUGUUCGGGUUUAAACAUAUUAACAUAGGAAUUCAACAUUGUAAAUAUCAUUGCCCAUUGAGUACUUCUUGCAACAUAGAUUAGUUCUUGACGAUUUGUCAAUGAUGCAUUCCUUAUUUUGAUACUAGUAAAGAGUAAGCAUAAGUGUCUGUGCAACUAAGAUCCAGAGAUGUAUUGUUCUGUUUUCAUGUAAUUGAAAGAAAAAAAAAAACAUACUUGUGUAUUAUCUACUUUUGUUUAAAAAAAAAUAAGUUGAACAGAAAUGUUAUAAGGGAAUGAAUGAAAACUUUAAAAACUUUUACUCUUCUAUUCUGGAUUGGUCUAUGCAGUCUUCUCUUCAUUCUAUUGUUCAUAAAGUCAACUUACAUUGGUCAGAACUAGUUGUUCCGGCAAGUUGCUUAUUAUAUUUAUAGUCUACUUGCUAUCGGCUUUCAAAGUCAACAUUCAACCUUAUUACAAAGCUUUUAUCAACUCACUCUGUCUGUCUUUCUGUCUGUGUACGCGUUAUUUCUCCCACAUCCAAUCUCGGAUCAAGUUGAAAUUUUGCACAAUUAUAGCUUUCUUUGCAGUGUACCGGACAAAACAAGCAUCAAAUUAAAAAAUAAUCAACUAGUUAAUUAAUUAUUGGUAUUUAAUUAUUUUGUUUGGUGUUGAACAAGAAAAAUAAAUCGUACUUGACAGAUGCGUUGGUAUAAGUUCAAUUAGUCCCCUUGAGGAGUCCUUCGCGAACAAGUUUUUUUAUGCAUUUAAAAAGCGAUCUCUGUAGAAUGUACACAGAAUCCUGCAUCCUUUUCCAACUGGUCCAGACAAGUGAUAGGAUCAUAGCGCAUUGAGAAAGCUAAAAUCAUAAAAUCCCGUUAAACAAAAACAAUUAAUAAAAAUAUUUUUAAUCGCACAGAUUUAUUAAUUCUAUUGCAAAUUCAAUCACUUUACUGAUCCACACUAAUUGAUACAAUUACACUUAAUAGAAGCUUUGUUGUUGUUGUUGUUUCUGUUUUGUAAGUAUUUUUUGUAAGAGAUUUGUGUAACUACGAACUGUAUUUGGAGAAGUAGAAGAAAUAAUAAUAAUUUUUAUUAUCCAUGAAGAAUUUUGUUUUACAAUUGUGCAUUUCAAAAACAAUACAUGAUUAGAGCAAACAUUUGUACAAUAGGUUUAUGAUUUCUUGUAGGGUUAGGCUCAUGAUUUCUUGUAGGUUUAGAUUCAUGAGGUUUAGGCUCAUGAUUUCUUGUAGGGUUGGGCUCAUUAUUUCUUGUAGGUUUAGGUUCAUGAUAGUUUCAAAUGUAUACACAAAACUUUCUUUCUGGUCUAGGUCUAGUUCUGCUCUAUUAUUUGAGCUCUACAACCUAGUCUAUCUUAUCUUAUAUAAUACAGACGUUACUUCAAAAAAGAAGAGGAUUACGUCCUACGUCCUAGUUCUGCUAUGUUCUCUAAACUCUUUAUUAACUGGUCUAGUUCUGCUCUAAGCUCUUAGGUUUCAAUUUGUCUCUGUUACCUGGUCUAGUUCGGCUCUAAGCUCUUAGGUUUCAAUUUGUCUCUGUUACCUGGUCUAGUUCUGCUCUAAGCUCUUAGGUUUCAAUUUGUCUCUGUUACCUGGUCUAGUUCUGCUCUAAGCUCUUAGGUUUCAAUUUGUCUCUGUUACCUGGUCUAGUUCUGCUCUAAGCUCUUAGGUUUCAAUUUGUCUCUGUUACCUGGUCUAGUUCUGCUCUAAGCUCUUAGGUUUCAAUUUGUCUCUGUUACCUGGUCUAGUUCGGCUCUAAGCUCUUAGGUUUCAAUUGUCUCUGUUACCUGGUCUAGUUCUGCUCUAAGCUCUUAGGUUUCAAUUUGUCUCUGUUACCUGGUCUAGUUCUGCUUUAUUAUCUGAGAUUGGGAGGAAAAAUCGGGACGCUACAUCGCUUUCAUUUUUUUUAAAAUAAAUCACUUAGUAGAUCACACCAAUACUUGUAUCUAAUUACUUGUAUCUGAUUACUUGUAUCUGAUUACUUGUAUCUAAUUACUUGUAUCUAAUUACUUGUAUCUAAUUCAC